AUGGGCGUGCAAAUGGAAGCCUCAGAGGUUAAUUUGGUUGGUGUCAAUUGUCGCAACAUCGAGUCUGAGAUCUUCGGCACGAUGGGCGCUCCAGGAGAAUACUAUGAGACGCUGCACACAAUAGCUAUUAAUACCAGGGAGACAGAAUUCGGAAGCUAUGUCGAACCAAUACCGAUAACGCUUAAAGCGUAUAAACAUCUCCAACCCCUCGGACAUACAAAUGAUUAUGGAUACCCACAGUCAGUUAUAACUGCCUUGCACCCAGUACCCCGAUCUGAUCCGGAACGGGCUACCGCGUCUGUUAUCAUCCAAAGUCCUGUUAAGAAGGAGUCUGUUAAGGUGGCGAGACCACCCAAAAAGAAGUGGAUCAAGGAGUACUUAGAGGAGGAGCCGGAGUUGCCGGUGUCAGUGCGGGUGUCAGAAGUGUCGGUGACGCGCAAUGGUGUUGUGCGGCCGCCAUCGCCAGUGCUCGCGCCCGUACCCGUACCCGUACCGGUACCCGUCGCCCCGGUGCCCGCUGCGCCUCCUGCCCCACCAGAGUCGACCCCCGUGCCACCCGCACCGCCCAUCCUCGACUUCGCACAAGAACAUUCCAGACCGCGUACUACGAACGGCAGUCACGGCAGGCCAACGCAAAUCCCAUCUCCUCCGUCAGUCGGCAGCAGCGGCAGCAAUGGAAGCACCGGGAGCAACGGUGCACCUCGUGCCGGCACCAGGGAAGUGCACAAUAAGCUCGAGAAGAACCGGCGCGCGCACCUCAAGGAGUGCUUCGAGAUGCUUAAGCGGCAGUUGCCUGGCACCCCGGAUGAUAAGAAGACCUCCAAUCUGUCCAUUUUGGGCUCGGCCAUUCGAUACAUACAGGUGCUUCGACGCAAGGAACGCGAGUGCGAACACGAGAUGGAAAGGCUCGCGAGAGAGAAGAUCGCCUCGCAACAGCGUUUAGCUGCGUUGAAGCGAGAAGUAACCAUUCGCGCCACGACUGUGAGACCUCGCGCCAACGAUGUUGAAGAAAAAGAUAAGGAGGAUAGCGUGGUAAAUGGACAACUUCUAGGAAUCCCUAUUAGUAUUACCUCUUCGCCGCCGCGGUCAGUGAGUCGAGCUGAGACCCCGCCCCCUCGCACUCUGAACCUCAGCACAAAGCUGCGCACAUUGCCCAUACAAAUAUCACCCACUACCUCGCAGAUGGUUCGCACGUCGUACGGUGCGAGGCAUGGUUCUCUCACGCUGACCACCAUUGCACCAGCUGAGUCCACAUGCACUAUGCAGAAUGGCCAAGAGAAUGGUAACAGUGCAGAUACGUUCGGAACACUGGUGCAACCUGCUCAAAUUCACCUACCUAUAUCCCAGAUGGUGAGUAGUGGCGGUCUAAUGGUCAGCCCUGCUGCCAUACAACUCUUAUCGACAAGUGGUGGACUACGAGUUUUGCAGACUAAUGGUGUGACAGCGGAGAGUAGUCGGCUUGUGACAAAAGAGAACGGCAUAGUAUCGGCUUCGCCAGCUGCUGUCACUAGCGACAACGGUAGCGUAGUGGUCAGCGGGCUGGCUCCGCUGGUGGUCUCGCAAUCUGCCGCGCACCUCCUCCACACGCACACACACACUCUCACCCAUAAGAUGGUUGAAAGUCAGAUGGUGAAGGGCAGCGUGGCGCCGUUGACCGUGAGCGCGCAGUACCUGAGCGCGACCACGAUCGUGAAGCCCGUGGUCGUGGUAACGAGUGCUCCUAGCACGUGA